AUGGAUAACAAAAGUAAUUAUUCAGAGAGUACUUUAGAAUGUGUAGAAAUACAGGAAUGUAUUUUAGAAAAACAAAAACAAUUACAACAACAAAAGCAGCAACAACAACAAGAACAACAAGAACAAAUAAAUUUUAAUAAACAACAAAUAAUUCAAAAACAAAAAGAAAAAAUUAAAAAUAAUAAUAAAAAUAAUGAAGAAGUUUUAAAAAGUGUAGAAGUAUUAACAAUAUCACCAUAUUUAACACUUGGUAUGAAAUAUGGGUUGAUAAUUGAAUUUUUAAUGGUAAUAAUAUCAAUGAUUCAAUAUAUAAUAGUUGGUAAAUGGAUGAUGGAUGGUGAUAGUGAUGGAGUUGAAAAUUAUUGGCCAAUUAAUAAAUAUUAUGGAUUAUUUAUAUUUACAAUUGUAUUCAAUGGAAUGGUAUCAGCAUGGAAGGGAUAUAAAGUUGAUCAAAAGUUAUUCUUUGCAGCACAUCAUCUAUUGACAAUGUUUUUCUUUUUCGUUUGUUUUGUUUAUUUUCCAACUGUGAAAUAUUACUUUUAUUUAGUGAUUUACUUGGUGAUGAGAUUGGGUAAAAGAAUAAAAGACGAAGGAUACAUGGACAAAGACCAAUGGAUUGCCUUCUACGUAUCGUAUGCGUAUGUGCAAACAUUGGUAAUUGUAAUCAUACAAUGUCUACAACCAAACCAAUCUGGAAUACUCGAUAUUAUCGGUGGCAUUGCACAUAUUGAUUCCUUGAUCACUUGCAGAAAAGAGAAUUUCAGCGGAAAACGUUUAAACGGCCAUAGCAAAUGGUUGAUCCCAAUUUGGCUAUUGGAGAAUAGAUUGGCACAAACUGUUUUGUCGGUAUUGGAUGUAUCAACAUUAUGGUGUACUUUAUUGAUUGGAACUUCGUUUUUAAACAUUUUCAACUUUAAUUUCUAUAGAUGUAUUAUACCAUUCCUUGUGAUUGAAUUCUUAAUUAAACCAUCAUUCUCUUCAUUCAAAAGACCAUAUUGCUAUAAAUUUUCAAAUCAUAGUUCUUUCCCAUCUUGUCAUACUGCUAUUGCUAGUAUUGUUAUUAGUUCAAUCAGUUCACUCUCUCCAUUUCAAAGAGGAUUUUUGGUAAUGUCAAUGGCUGCUUAUAGAGUUUACACUCGUGCUCAUACUGUUGAAGAUAUUUGUGCUGGUUUUGCUAUUGGUCAAGUUUUAAAUUCAACAAUUUACUGUUUUAGUUUUUAUUUUUUUGGUUUAAACUGA